AUGGCGUUGAAAGAGGAGCGUCAAGAUCUGAAUGAAGUGAAAGAGAAAGAUCAGAACAAGGCGCAUCAUAAUUUCACGACUGAAGAAAAAUCUUCACAGACUGAAAAUACUACCUCACGAAAAAGGCAUGAAAAGUCAGGGACUUGUGGAAAGAAUUUCAGGCAAAAAGGAAACCUACAAAAGCAUAUGAGAGUUCACUCUGUAGAGAAGCCUUACAUGUGCCAACAGUGUGGAUUGGGUUUUAGGCAUAAAGGAAACUUUAAAAGCCACAUGAGAACUCACACUGGAAAGCCGCCUUACAUCUGCCAGCAGUGUGGAACAUCUUUCACUCAGAAAGGAAACCUUACAAGACACAUGAACAUUCACACAAGAAAGAAAGCUUGCAUAUGCCCUCACUGUGGAAACAGUUUCAAUCAAGAUGGAAACCUUAAAGUCCACAUGAGAAUUCAUUCUGGGGAAAAAUAG